AAUUUGAUUGAUAUGUACGUCGUGGUCGUGUGCGCUCUCGCUGCAAGAAAAAGUUCGAGGAAUUUCAAGUGCAUUAUUUUGUGGAAAAUUAGCAACUGUUUAUCAAUAUUCUUCGGGAAAAAGUUAUUUGGCGCAUUAGUUUACUACUGACGUGUAAAUUGUUGGUGAAAUAAGGUGAAAUUUUUCGACCGAAAGUCACGGAAAACGGAUUUACCAUUCGGUCACUGUUGGGUUGCAUCGACGAAGGUUGCCUUGGUGGUGCGCCUGAGAGGAAGAGAGAGAGCGAAGAAUCCAGUGUUUUAUAUAGGGGAGUGUGGACCUCGUAAUCCACCUAGACGUCAUCGACGAGCAAAUAAUCCACUCGUUUCGUCUAUUGUACAUGGGCAUCUGUAUAUUUUUUGAUUAGGCAACAAUAAAAAGUUGCAAUCGAACGAGGAGAGAGAUUGCAGAAGCAGCUCUGGGCUGGCUGGCAGCAAAACCGUUCGUUUGUUGUGCGAUUGGAAGGCAGCAGCAGCAGUAGCAGAAGGUAGCAACUAAAAGUGAACUCUGGCAGCUGAGAAAGUGUUGUAAUGUAUUCAGUGAAAUUUGUUUUUCUUCAUCACUGCCGCAAUCGUGGAAGCUCGUCUUAAGUGGCCGCAGCCGCAGCAGACGGUUACUUUGAGUUUGGAUUACUAUUGACUUUGCAAGAAGCCGUAGAUCACUUCCGGGAGCUGGGAAUUGCAGAAGGUCUUCGCGAAAGUAUGAUAGUACAGGAACCUGUACAGGCUGCCAUAUGGCACUGUCUGAACCAUUACGACUACCAGGAUGCGAUCUUUCUGGCGGAGAGACUGUGCGCUGAAGUGGAAUCGGAGGAGAGUUUAUUCCUGCUAGCGACCUGCUACUACCGGGCCGGACAAAAGCAUCAGGCUCACUGGCUGCUAUCGACGAAAAAUGUCCGCUCGACGCAGUGCCGUUACUUGCUGUCCAAGUGUGCCUUCGACCUGAAACAAUACUCGGAAGCGGAGCACACGCUGAUCAACGAUGACCACCUGCGGGCCCGACACAUGGACGAGGUGGCAAAGGAGUUCGGUGAAAUUGGCUGUUUCGCGCUGGACCUGCUGUCCAAGAUUUGCCAGAAGACUGAGCGAUCCGGGCUGGCCAACGACGCCAGCCGGAAGGCAGUGAAUCUGAAUCCAUUCUUGUGGCACUCGUUUGCCGACCUGUGCAAUCGAGGCGAGAAGCCCGAUCCGAAUGCGAUCUUCCAGGUCACCAGUACGGAUGUGUUUGCAACCACACAGGCCGUUCAUCCGGCUUUGAAUUCGUCGCUCAUAUGGUUCGGAAAUGCUGGGACGGGUGGAACUGGUGGUGGUGGAGGCGGAGGAGGAGGAGGAGGGUGUUUUAUCAAUGUGGACAGCGUUGAGCAGCAGCUGUUGAGUGGCGGGCAGUUUUCUUCCCCUGUGGAUCAGGUUUCGCAGUGUUUGAUACAGAGUUUAAUCACCACACCAAAUAACCCUCCGCAGCUGCAGCAGCCCCAGCUGCCUCAGCAGGGACUAAACAACAGCAGCAUAAUCGCUAGUAUGAGAAUGGGUGGUGGUAAUCUCAAUGCGGACGAGCAGACACCGGAUGUCGCAACACCUUUCCGGAGGCAACAGUUUAAAUAUCUAGCAUCGUUAAGUCCGACGACUCCAAGCUUCGGAGUGCUGCCCAUUGUUAGCAGUCCGAUUUUUAACGAUCAGUCAGCGCUGAUUAUGACUCCUUCGCCUCAGCAGCUUUCCUCGGCGACCGGAUUUCAGCAAUUGCAAGGUUCACAACAACAGCAGCAGCAACAACAACCGGGCCAGCAACAAACUGGCCAACAACAGCAGCAGCAGCAGAUCAUUUCUGAUUGUGAUCAGCAAAAGAUAGCGCUGCUCAGUAGUAACAAAAAAAUGCGCGGACAUCACAACAUUGGCACGAUGGGAAACAUCAUCAACCGGAAGAAUGACCCCACGGCGACGACCAUGCUGCUGCAGCAACAGAGUACAAACACGAAACCGGCAGUGUUUAGCCAAACUGGAAACCAAUUGACGACGCCGAGGACUCCCAACACGACCGGCGGUGCCUUGCAGGCACAAAACGUGCGUCGUAGCUCGCGACUUUUCAGCAACAACAAUUACUCGGUCAAGGAGAACACGAAGACUCCACAGUUGAACAACAAAUUCGUGGCACCGCGGUCACCGCCUCGCAAAUCCAAGCAGCGAAUCUCGAAGAACUUGAACAGUGCUGUCAGCAUGCUGGAAAACGUGGAACGAAAGUCCUCGGCCGGUGGCGACGGGAAGGAAAAAAUCGAGACGAUCACUUCCAGUGAAACGCUAAGCGAAAAGGUUUUCAUCAACAACAGCAUCAACAGCGCCCAGAAGAUGGCCCAGCAGGUGCAGGCAAUGAAGAAGCAAAGUGCCGACGGGUUGAUGCUGCUGCUGAGAGAACUUGGCCACGGUUAUCUGCGGUUGCAGAGUUACGAUUGCGAGAAAGCGAUUGAACAUUUCAGCAAUGUUCCUCCGCAUCACUAUCGGAGCAGUUGGGUGCAAAGUAUGCUGGCCUUGUCCCAUCACGAGAUGCGAGAGUACGAUGCGGCGGUUAAUAUUUUCCGCGAAAUACACGACCGGGAACCGCACCGGCUGCAGUACAUGGAGAUCUACAGUACGGAUCUGUGGCACCUGCAGAAGGACGUCGUCCUGUCCGCGCUGGCACAGGAUCUGAUGGCGCAAGACAAGAGCUCGCCGAUAACGUGGUGCGUGGCCGGAAAUUGUUUCUCCGCGCACAAGGAACACGAAACGGCGAUUAAAUUUUUCUUCCGUGCAAUACAGGUGGAUGAGGACUUCCCGUACAGCUACACCCUGUUGGGCCAUGAACUGGUAAUGACGGAGGAGCUCGAGAAGGCUCUCUCCAUGUAUCGGUAUGCGGUUUUGCGUGAUUCGCGACACUAUAACGCUUGGUUCGGCAUCGGAACCAUCUUCAGCAAGCAAGAACGGUACGAGCUGGCGGAGCUGCACUACCGCAAAGCGCUGGCAAUCAAUCCGAAGAAUUCGGUAAUCAUGGUACACAUUGGAGCGAUGCAAUUCUUCCUCAGGAAAUCGGACCAAGCGCUACGGACGUUGAACGCAGCGAUUGCGUUGGAUCCGAAGAAUCCGUUGUGCAAAUUUCAUCGUGGUUCGAUGUACUUUACGAUGGGUCGAUAUCAGGAAGCACUGAAGGAGCUGGAGGAACUGAAACAGAUCGUGCCAAAGGAAGCCGUAGUGUAUUACGUAAUGGGUAAAAUCUAUAAAAAACUAGGCAACGUAGAUCUAGCUCUGAUGCACCUUAGCUGGGCGACGGAUUUGGGUUCGAAGGGGGCGAACAACCAGAUAAAGGAUAAUUUCGAUUCCAUCAUGCGGACACAGGACGGUGCAGGGGGGUCCAGUGGAGCAGGGUCAGAGACGGGGGCAGCCGGUACGAGUGGCGAAGCAAACGACGGAACGGGGGUCAGUGGUAGCGGCGCCGGAGGAUUCAGUAGCAUAAACAAUGAAGCCGAAAUAGGCAGCAGCAGUAUAGAUCCGGACUUCUUGGUCGGCGGGGAGCAGGCCUCUAGCGACGACUCAACCGCGAAUGUGCGAAAUGAAUCAAUUGACGUCAUCAGCAGUAAUCUGUACGAUAGUGAUAGUUACUAGAGCAAAUUAGUUUCCUUCUUUCUAGGAUUUUUUUUUCAAAUUCGGUAAAACCCUGUGUAUAAACCGCCUUUCCCAAUGCUUCUUUGCUAUUUCUAGCUUCCGUUCUGCUUCUUGGUUUAAGAGAUUGUUGUUUAAAGAUAACUCCUAUAGCUUAAAAUGAUUCAAUCCUUAUGUCCCCUGGUUUCCUGCUCUGUUACAAAACAACCGCAAAUAGUCGAAUUGUUCUUCUGUUUAACCGCACUAUGCGAAGCAUUAUUACUCUCAUCCCAGCAACUUUGCUGACGAUCUCCCCCCACCCCGGGGGGAAAGCAAAGCUUCACGUCAACCGGGUGGCAGCACUGUGGACAUUUUAUAGUAAAAAAUAAUGGUUACAUUCUGAGUCAAAUGAAACAAUAAGAAAACACAUGCCGGAGUCAAAGCCAUUGUGAAUAAAGGAAACAAAAAACAAAACAAGCGAAAUUACACCCAUUACUGCGAGUACGCGAAAAUA